AUGUGGCUGAAGCCCGAGGAGGUGCUGCUGAAGAGCGCGCUGCGGCUCUGGGUGCAGGAGCGAUGCAACCGCUUCUUCGUGCUGCAGCGGCGCCGCGGCUCCGGUCCGGAGGGCGGCGGCGGCGGCGGCGGAGGGCUGACCGGUCUCCUGGUUGGGACGUUGGAUGCUGUUCUGGAUUCCACAUCCAAAGUGGCUCCUUUCCGUAUCUUGCACCAGACCCCGGAUUCUCAGGUGUACUGGUCUAUUGCGUGCGGGGCCAGCAGAGAAGAGAUAACAGAACACUGGGAAUGGCUAGAGCGCAACGUCAUGGACACUCUCUCCGUGUUUGACUCCAACGAGGACAUCGUAAGCUUCGUGCACGGGAAAAUUCGAGGCUUAAUUGCUGAGGAGGGUAAAGGGUCUUUGGUCAAGGAAGAAGAUCCAGAGAAGUUCCGGGAAGCCCAUCUGAAGUUUGAGAAGUGUUUUGGGUUGGCCGAACAAGAGAAGCUCGUGACUUACUACUCGUGUAGCUACUGGAAGGGACGGGUGCCUUGCCAAGGCUGGCUGUAUCUGAGCACCAACUUCCUCAGCUUUUACUCGUUCCUGCUGGGAGCUGAGAUCAAACUCAUAAUUGCCUGGGAUGAAAUCUCCAAACUUGAAAAGACCUCCACGGUUAUCCUGACCGAAAGCAUCCACGUUCGCGCCCACGGAGAGGACCAUUACUUCUCCAUGUUCUUGCACCUUGGUGAGACCUUCCUCCUGAUGGAACAGCUGGCUCUCUACGCCGUCCGGAGACUCUUUGACAAGGAGGGGUUUGAAGCUGACCCCAUCCUCUGCGACCCCUUGCAAAUCACUAAGAGAGGACUGGAGAAUCGGGCCCACAGCCAGCAGUUCAACGCCUUCUUCAGGCUGCCCAGCGAGGAGACGCUGCGGGAGGUUCACGAGUGCUUCCUGUGGGUGCCCUUCAGCCACUACAACACUCUGGGGAAGAUGUGCCUUUCAGAGAAUUACCUCUGUUUUGCCAGCCAAGAUGGCUGCUUGUGCUGUGUCAUCGUCCCCCUGAGGGAGGUCAUCGCAGUUGAGGUCACUGACCACGCCAGCAAGGCCCUCAGCAUCGCUACCAAAGGAGCCCGGGCCUUCCGGUUCUCGGAAGUGAGAGACUUUGAAGCUCUGGUGUUGAAGCUGAAGACCAGGUACAAUGCGGCACCAGGCCCCCAACACAGCACGAGUGGAGAGGUCGGGGUUAGCCCAGAGACCCCCCCGGUCUGGGAGGACUACGAGGGGCAGCCGAUGGCCAGCCACAAAGGCAGCAGCGCCACGGUUAGCACGGAAGCCCUGAUGACCGUUUUUCACCCUCAGGAUGCAGAGAACCUCGAUUCAAAGAUGUUAAAAGAAAAAAUGAAAGAGCAGUCCUGGAACAUCCUUUUCAUAGAGUGCGGACGGGGCGUGAGUAUGUUUCGGACGAGGAAAACCCGGGACCUGAUUGUCAGAGGCAUCCCUGAAGUCUUACGAGGAGAACUUUGGCUUCUGUUCUCAGGUGCUGUCAAUGACAUGGCAAGCCAUCCUGGCUAUUACUCGGAUGUGGUGGAGAGAUCUUUCGGGACGUGCACUCUGGAGACAGACGAAAUCGAGCGGGAUCUGCGCCGCUCGCUGCCCGAGCACCCCGCCUUCCAGAGCGACACGGGCAUUUCUGCCCUCCGGAGGGUCCUCACUGCCUACGCCUACAGGAACCCCAAGAUUGGCUAUUGUCAGGCCAUGAAUAUAUUAACGUCGGUGUUGCUUCUUUACGCCAAAGAAGAGGAAGCAUUUUGGCUGCUGGUGGCUGUCUGCGAACGGAUGCUGCCUGAUUAUUUUAACCGCCGCAUCAUCGGUGCCUUGGUAGAUCAGGCUGUGUUCGAGGACCUGAUCCGGGACUACUUGCCGCAGCUGACGGAGCACAUGACCGACAUGACCUUCUUCUCCUCCGUCUCGCUCUCCUGGUUCCUCACCCUCUUCGUCAGCGUCCUGCCCAUUGAGAGCGCCGUCAACGUGGUGGAUUGCUUCUUCUACGACGGGAUCAAGGCCAUCCUGCAGCUGGGCCUGGCCGUGCUCGACUACAACGUGGACAAGCUGCUGGCCUGCAAGGACGACGCAGAAGCCGUCACGGUCCUCAACAGGUUUUUUGAGAGUGUGACCAACAAGGACAGCCCACUACCUCCAGCGGUUCAGCAGGCCUCCGGGAUGAACGAAAGCAAAACCCCUCACCCCAGAGUGGACAUCACAGACCUCAUUCGAGAAUCCAACGAGAAAUACGGUGAAAUCCGAUUUGAGGAAGUGGAAAGCAUGCGACGUCGCAACAGACUGUAUGUCAUCCAAACCUUGGAAAACACAACUAAGCAGAAUGUGCUCCGGGUUGUCUCCCAAGAUGUGACUAUCAGCCAUAGCAACCUGGAAGAACUGUAUGAAUUAUUCAAGAAAGAACAUUUUCUCUCCUGUUACUGGAAACCAAAUAGUCCGGCCCUAAAGCACCACGAUGCCAGCCUGCCCUAUCUGGACCAAUAUCGGAUCGACUGUCAGCAAUUCCGAAUCUUGCACCAUCUCCUGAGCCCGUGGGCACAUUGUGCCAACCGAGAUUCCUUGGCUCUGUGGACCUUCCGGCUCCUGGAUGAGAACGUUGACGGCCUGAUCAACUUCAAAGAAUUUGUAUCCAUUUGGGAUGUCCUUUAUCAUGGAAGCUUCACCCAUAAGCUGACCCUGCUUUUCAAAUUGCACAUUCCACCAGCUUUUACCGAAGUGGAGUCGCUGAGCCCUUUUAAAGGAGCUCAACUCUCUAAAGAAGAAUUGAUCCAUUUCAGUCAACUGAGUGUUUCCUCUCCUGAAGAUAAAGCAGAUGCUUUAAAGACAAGUCCUGAAAAAGGGAAAGGGAAAGUGGACAUCCAGGCUUACUUGAAGCAGUGGCAAGACGAGAUCCUUAAAAAGGAAGCAAGCAUUAAGGAUUUGCCCCGGAUGAACCAGUCCCAAUUCAUCCAGUUCUCCAAGACCUUGUAUAACUUGUUCCACGGUGAUCCAGAAGAAGAGCUCCUGUUCCGGGCCAUCGCUACAGUUACCGGCCUCCUGUUGAGGAUGGAGGAGGUGGGACGAAAGCUUCAGAGCCCCACUUCCCCAGCUCAGAGAGGAACAUCUCCCGUGGCUGGUCCUACAGCACCGCCGGCCUCCCAGACGGAUGAGCCGGGAGCCCCGCUCUCCAGCUCCAUCCACGAAGGCUGGUCGUUCGCUUUUGAGCAGAUCCUGGCUUCUUUGCUAAACGAACCUGCCUUGGUGAGGUUUUUUGAGAAACCGGUCGACGUCAGAGCCAAGUUAGCCAACGCUAAAGCCACCCAGUUAAAAUCAAGGGCUGGCAUGUAAGAACCCCUAGGCUCACUUCUCUUUCCUCUGCAUAAAACAAUCCGAAACGGGAGAUAACGUUGAGCUUCAAGUUCACCCUGAGGAUUUAGUCCCAUUCCCUUAAUAGCCGGGCAGCGUACACGGCUUUAUU